AUGGCUCUCCUCCAGACCUCGCUGAUCUGGAUCGUGUAUGCCGUCGUGAUAGCGAUCCUGCUCACGGUAGCCUCGAUUUUCAUCUACGUUUACCAAACUCCACGAGAUCGUUCUCCCUCAGUGACUCUGACGUGUAUCAUCGCGAUUACGAGUCUUCUGGCAACGGUACUCUUGCUUCCUGUGGAUGUUGCUUUAGUGUCGUCGACUACUUCAUCCAAGUUGGGUCGCCGCAAAGAUUGGGCCACUCAGGAUGAAGUCGACAAAAUCACUUAUUCUUUGACCAUCAUCUACUAUCUCCUGUAUUCAUUGGAUGCACUACUUUGCCUUUUGGUCCUUCCUUUCACCUACUUUUGGUAUGAGGAAUACGAUGAAGUCGCCGCGGAGGCGGGAGAGCAGACGGUGGGACAACGUUUCUGGGGCGCUCUCAAGUACACCUUAUCGUUCAUCGCGAUUGUAGUGAUCUUGUUCCUUGUCGGUUUCUUUGCUCCUGUAUCCAAGGAUAAGAGCAACUUGGACCUGGACUAUUUCAAGCGGUUGCUGACUGAGAACCACGGAGAACGCGCAUUGACAUUUGCACUUGGGCUAUUGAUAACCCUUGGUAUUUGCCUCUACGUCUUGUACACAUCGGCGGGACUUGCUUUGUUCCCCAUCAGCCUAAUCAAGACUGCGCCCUCAAUCUCCAGUCCUACGUUGCGAGCAACUACUGCGCAACAGCUUGAAGCAAAUCGUGAGCGGCAGCGACAGCUCGAGGGUCGCUGUGGUGGUAAUCCUGAACUCCUGUCAUCCAAAGAUCGCAGAGAGUUCGAUACCCUCAGCCGAGAGGAGAGGACUUUGAUCCGGCGGCAGCGUCUAGUCGAGGAAGCACAAGGUGAAGGUCAUGGCUGGUUGAUGCGAGCAUGGUACAAGAUUGGAGCUAUCUUCCGCCCGUUCAAGCUGCUCGGUGGUAUUUUGCUGCUUUUGGUUGCCUUUGUGACAUGGGUGUCGAUGCUCUUGACAUCUAUCGACAAAGCGAAAAACUCGAUUUGCAAGCACCGCUGUGGAUAUAUCCUUGGCCACAUCAACGUCUUUAAUCCGGUAAACUGGGUUCUGGUCCAGUCUGCCAAGGUAUUCCCAGUGGACUAUGCUAUCUUCACUGCUCUUGUCUUACUCCUGUUCUGCAGCUCCGUGGUGGGUAUUGCAGUGGUUGGAAUCCGCUUCCUCUGGAUCAGAAUUUUCCAAAUUCGCAAGGGUCACACUUCACCCCAGGCUCUCCUUCUGGCAACAGCCAUGUUGAUGCUUAUUAUACUGGCAUUGAACUAUUCUGUGUCCAUGGUAGUCGCUCCACAAUACGCCACAUUUGGACCGCAGACAUUCUGCGACCGCACUCCGAGCUCGCCUGGUGAACAGCCUGAUUGUACUAACAGCAAGGACCUCAUCAAGCCAUGCUCCGAGCUAGCAGAGAACCCAGUAGCUCGUCAAGUCUGCACUCCCACUGUUGUCAGCACUUUCUUGAACCGCGUGACUCUCAACUUCCCUUUCUUCGGUGUCGUGUUUUUCUGGGCCCAGUUUGUCUUCCUCGGCAUCUAUCUGAUCGUGUUUGUGACCACCCUGUUCCGAGCACCAAAGCUCGAUGAAAGACAAAUCGACGAGGAUGCUGAGGAGGCCGAAGAAGAAGGCCUACUGGCAAGCACUGGCAGGCGCUUUGGUGCUACAUGGCAAGACAUCACCGGUAGAGCUGGACACAGUGGACAUCCCAAUGAUUGA